AUGUUACGAGGAUCAUUGCGAAUUCUGUCAGCUAAUGGCAACGCUUUGAAAUGUUUCACAAACGUUUUCAACAAGUCCCAAUCGGAACCGUUCUCAAGCACCGCUGCUGCACUGUGUUCGUCGGCAGCAACGAAACAAGAACUCGACACUCAGUUAUCGUCUCUCAUCACAGAUCUAACCUCUGAUCCCAUAUCAGCAAUCCCAACAACGUCCUCAAGCCAAACGCAACCUCCCAAAAGCCAGACACUUCGUUCAAUCCAGUCGACACCCUCACUGAACUCGUUGAAACAAGUAGAUGAUUAUACUUUGUUCAGAGCUUAUAUAUGUAAAAAACUCAACAAACCGUUGAGUGCCGAAACAUCAGUGGCGCUAUUAUCGCGUUUCUCUUCACUUUCAUUUCAACACAACAGCAUUGGUGAAACUGCGAAAUGGCUAGAAAGCAAUUUUUUAACCGAUCUGUCUGCACCGCUGCUCAAAGAUACUGUGCGAAUUGACGAUAUAAUUGUUUCGUUGACAUCGCUCAUCUCAAUCGGCCUCAUCAAUACACCUCUCUAUCAGUCACUUCUGAAGUCGUUCGGCGCUCAUCUCUCAUCAGCCCUAUCCUCCGUUCCAGUUUCGUUGCUCAUCCGCUUAGCCGCGGCGAUUCGCACGCAUAACGUUACACUUCCGGAUGAUUUGAAUGACUUGUUAGAUCGCUCGUUGCAAUUGAAAACCAGUGAGGUCGACUCCACUGGUGAUGUGAUAUCAUUAUUGAUAAACGUGAAUCUGUCUCAAACAUGGCUAGAGCAAGUUUUGGAGAGGGCCAAAGAAUUGUUACCGUUGAUGUCAACCGGUGAACUGGUGUCGUUGGCAGCGAAUCUAGCGAAUCGUGGUCGACGACAACUCAACAUACUACCACUAAUAGCGGCUGCGUUCCAUGCGAAUCCCAACACACUAACGGUGAAUCAGUUGAGUACGUUAGUGCAAUCGAUGUCCAGAUUGGAGUUUGUGGAUAAGCGUUUAUUGAGACGUGUUCACGAUGAUACGAUCAGUGCGACAAGUGCGGGUGCCGUUAAGAAAUGGUCAACACUCUCCACUUUAGCCGUCUCAUUUGCGAAACUUCAUAUUGGUGACUUGAGGAUUUGGAAGGCUCUUACGAAUUGGGUUAAUGCUAAUUAUAAAAAAGCCACGGUUAGUGACCUGUCUUAUGUGAUAUCAUCAUGUGCAAUCAGCGAUGUUGGUGACUUGAUCAAAGAGCCGUCCGAGUACUUGGCCUCAUUGUUGGACGUUCAGAAGGCACAAUCGAUCUGGAUGUGGCUGAACAUUGUGCAUUCAUUAGCCAUAUGCAAAGCACUCACACCCGCUCUUGCUGAAACAGUGCUAAGAGUUGAAUUUGUUGAACAUUUCACAAAAUUAGAUGAUUUACCGAAGAAGGUAUUCGCCUUAUCGAAAAUAGCGCAAAUACAGGCUGUUGUCGAUACAGCAUUCAAAAGCACUUACAAGGGACCAUCAUUUAGUCUCGAAAAUGUGCUCACGUUGGACAAACAAACAAACAACGCCGCACUUCUGAUAAAAUGUGGUCGUAAAGAGGCGUACGAUGCGGAAUGUUUUCAUAGCGUUCUCUACAAACUCGCACCGCUGAAUACUCAUUCGAUAGAGCCAUCGUUGAACCGCGAUGGCUUCCUUGUCGAUGCAACUGUGCAGUUGGACAGCAGUAAACGAUUCGUGCCCGUCACAAACUUCACUUCGUCGAAUAAACCGAAAAUUGCUGUCGUUUAUUUGGGACGAAAACAGUGCACAAUAACGUGUGACGAGAAUGAAGAAAGUCGUCCACUGGGUCAGAUAUCACUUGGAUUGCGAUUGCUGAAAGCGAGAGGAAUGAUUCCGGUUACGUUCACCGAACUUGAGCUGAAAUCAAAUAAAUUAUUAUCGCAAAAAAUUGAAUUCAUCAAAACGAAACUACAAAAUGCCAUCAAAUCGCCUGCAUCAAAAAUAUUUAGUGUUGAACGUCAUUUGAUGGAUGGUGACCUGGCUGCGGAUUAUCCGAAAACGAUGGAUUUUUUACGAUUCGGCAAUGCAAUCAUUGCAAAUCAAUCGCUGCAAGAGUACUGCAGCCAAAAGGGUUAUAUGAUUAUAAUGAUCUUCUUGGAUGAUUUGGUGGAAUUACCACAGAUCGGUUUUUCGGUGUUAAGUGCGGACGAUAUCGAAAGGAACGAUUACAGUCUAGAACCACUCAUAUUCUAUAAAAACUGGGAUGAGUGGCAGACAGAGCCAGAUUUGGAAUGGGCACAUAAAGGAGUGAAGAAACAUGAUAUUUUACGCAUUUACGUUCAAUUCGACGAGAACAAAUUGUACGUCCGAUAUCGUCUCAACAAGAAUCAAACGAGUCAAGAACGCUUGUUCAGACUACCGCCCGAAUAUCGAAGUGUUUAUUUGGCACUGGCAGGCCCGUGCAUUUUCGACGAGCACAAAGCAAAUAGUUGUAAGAUAGCAAUAAUGGACAGCGAGCAGUUGAUGAGGUUUUUUGCACGUCAGAAGGAUAUUCGAUGUAACGCCAACCUGGAUACAAUCGUGACGCAACAACAGCAACAACAAGAGCGACGUUCAUCAGAGAUGCAGCGAGAAGAAAUUGAUGAAGAUGUCAAGAGAACAGUUGAAAGUGUUGCUAAUUCAACAGGUAAAAAUCACAUCCAACAGGAGGCAUCGGCUACAGCAACUACUAAUAAUGUGGAAGAUGAGGUCAAAUUUGAGGAUGUCAUACCGGAAUGUGUAAUAUGCAGAGAACGUAAUAUUGAUGUGGUAUUUCUACCGUGUAGACAUGCCGUAUGCUGCAUGACAUGUAAGGACCUAUGCUGUCAAGAAACAAAGACUGUUUUAACAUCACCAUCUACAAAACAACGACCAACAUGUCCAAUUUGUCGUACUGAGUUGGGGAAUUUCGGUAGGAUUUGGUUCUCGAAGGAUCCGGAUUGCAACGAGUAUCGUUGUCGUUUAUGUGGAUGCAAUCAGUUGACAGCAGCUGCCGGAGGUAACGAUGGCUGCGGUUGUGUGAUUGGGUGCUAUGAGAAAGCGGUUGAAAUGCUGCACCCUGGCGAUCCGUGUCCUAUUUGUGGCAAACCAAUUCACGAAAUUAUACAGCUUUAUCUGCAACAGUUUGAGUAG